AUGGCACACAUCAAGAUGGAAGUCGUGCUCCAAAUAUCGGACAGAUGGAAAAUCAACCACGUGCCACUGCUACGGUGGCAGAGGAAGCUUAAGCACGCUGCUCAGGAGUGUGACAGCAUGCUUCACAGAUGCCAGCAGCGUGCUCUAGAAGAGGAAGAGAUCAGGCAGCAGGUAAGCUGGUCCUCAUUUCCCAAAAGGAUUGUUCAUGCUGCCAAGUCAUUCACCUCAUAUUUCACUGGAUUUAUUAGUAACGAUGAAUCAAGUAACAACUCUGCUAUUAUUCGGCGACUCGAGAGGUUUGCAGAUGGUGCAAGAGAGAACUUACUAAAUUAUCUAUUGAAGACUUCUCAUCGUCAUGGGAUCCAUUUGCCGAUCCAUGCCAUAGUAAACAUUGGGACAAUUUUCAAAGCAUUGGCAGUCAAUGGUUUCGCCCAAACCCAUUAUGCUGCAAGCAGCGUGAUCAGCAUGAGCUUCAUCAUAUUAGCAACCAAGACAUGGUUGGAUCACCAGAUGUUUCCAUCGAACCAGUAA